AACGACAGGCACUGUGGUAUGAGUUUCUGAACUUUUGAACAUGGGCUGUUGCUUCAGCAAAGAAUUAAGUAAUGACAAUGACAGUGAAAAAACUGGCCUCUUACGAAAAUCCGUGGAGGAGGAGGAGCUGGAGAGCAAGAUAAGUAAAAGUUUAUCUUCAUUCUUUGUUACCCUUGGAGGUGAGGAGCCUCAUAGUGUUGAACAUGGUGGUGGCCAAGCAGCUGCUGGCGUGGAUACAUGGACUAGAGUUUUUGUGAGGUCUGGGCACAGACAGGGCCAUAGAACAAAGCAGUCAUUGAACUCCGUUUCCUCUUCAGCAUAUAAGUUCUUAACUAGGUAUGAACAUUUAGAUGAGAGGGACAAGAAGCCAGAUAGUAUUUUCACUGAGCAGAAUUCUGAGAGCCUCCAUAACCUGCGGUUUGUGGACAGUGACCAUCCAUGGGGCUAUUCUGAAGGUGACGCGCUUCUCUCACCCGUGCCCAUGUGCUCUGACCAGGGCCUGCAGGAAGAAGCUUUUGUGAGUGACCAUCUGUGCUGUUCCACUUUUAAAAACUCCUUAAUAGAAAAAGAAAUGGUGGUAGAUGUUCAAAUCAGAACUUUUAAUGAGAAGAGCUCUUUAGAGAUGUCUGAUAGGGAGUUGAAAGAUAAAAACCCUGUUUGGGCUGAUCACAAACCGUGGAAGCAUUCAAGAGCAAGUGAGUUUUACAGUAUCUGUACUGUAGAUCCCGACUGUCUGACCGUUGACAAGGAGCCAUGCCCUUGCCUGUGUGGAGUGGCCACAGGAGGAGAGCAGGACUCAGCUGUCAUCUCUGAGGGGGUUUGCAAAGUACAGAGUGGGCCUCUAGAUAGUAGGGAAGAACAUUCAGUCUUGCAGGCCAUUCGAGGGGCAGGAGAGGAAAAGCCACAGCAGGAGGAACUAUCACCCCAGGAUGUGCUGGGUCCACAUGACACAAAGGAAGUACAUAGUGAGAAAACCAGACCUAAUUCUGAGCUUUUGGUGAAUGUUGGUCCGCCUUGUAAAGCAAACAUUGACGCCAUGAACACUGAGUCUUUAAAGGCAAAGGCUUACACCAUGUUCUGUAAAGAUUACACAGAAAGUAGUACUCCAUGUCACAUUGGCUUACUCCCUGAAUUAAAUAUUAACGUAGACAGUGAUUCACUAACAUGCAUGUGUACAAUCCCCAAAGAAAGAGGGAGCCAUAGGUCAGGAGUAAGAGGUCAGAUAGAGGAUUCACCUGUUAAUUUGCUUCAUGACACUUCAUACAUUGAAGGGAAUGAUGAACCUGAGGCUCUAAUAGCAAGUGUCGACCAGAGCUUACAGUCUAAAAAGGAAGGGGGAAAUAACUCUAUAAAACCACUAAAAGACAAUGAUUAUUUCCAUGUCAAUGUUAACAGAUCAGAUAUCAUCCUUUGCGUUGGUCUAGAUAGACUUAAAUUAAGUCCCAAGAGCUUUAUGUCUUCAGUGCCCUUUGGGAAUGAUAGUCUCCCACUCCAUGUCGAUUUCAGAGAAGCAACCCUGUGCGGAGUUGACACUGGCCCUGACCCUGAGCGUGUCCCUGGGCUGGCCCAGGUGGAAGAACAGUGUGCAGGGGGCCUUAGCCCGGAAGCCAGAAGCUCCCAGUUGGAAAACAGAGGAGAUCCGUCUUUGCCAUCUGAAAAUCAUUUCUCUCAUGAUGAGGAGGACAAGAUUAGCACUUUAGAAGCUGAGGGUCACAGUAAGAGGUCUUUUGGGUUGAAAUCUUGGUGUCAGACAGGUCAGUGUGCAGGUGGCAGGACAGACAAGGCUCAGAUGCAGACGUGUGGUUUAGUUUGUGUAGAGUGUGAAGCAGACACAGACGGGACUGUCCAGGGACUUCCACAAGGAGUGCCCCCUUGUGGCGGGUCUCAUGAUCACUCCAGCAUGUCCUCUGCAUUUGUUUUCACCUGUCCUGAAGAAGAAGAAAGGGAAACAGCCCUAACGGAUAAAACAGAAGGUGAAAUAUGUGUGAAGAGUUCAGUCAGCAUGUUACAUGGCCAACUGAGGGGCGCUCACAGAUUAGAAAAUGCUGAAAAACAAUCACUAAAAGCUAAUAACAGAGAGACAAGCAGAGAUGACAUGGAAAAUGUCAAGUCAGAUUCUAAAGGAAUCUUUGACUGGAAAACAAGUAUACUAAAACUCAAGGCAGUGCCCCAUCAGGAUGCACCAACUUAUGUUAAUUCCAGUAUAAUGAAAAACCUUGGUGUUGAGACUAAUCGAAUAGAAAAGAAUUAUGAAACCCAUAAAAUGAAUGACUACAAGUGUAAAGAUCUUGCAGUUGUACCACCUUUAAGCCAGAGUUCAGGUUCAGUUAUGCAGAAGCCAGAAGCAGUAGAGAAGAACUCUGUUAAUGGUAGUGAAAGUCCAGAACUGAAGCAAAUUUCUGAACCAACUGAAGUUUCUGGUUCCUUUGGUGAUAACACACCAGGGUUGAGUAAACCAACAACACGUAAAGAAGAGGAAGAGAGACUUUGUUUGGAGAAAGACAGUGUUGAUCCUAGCAUCGCUAACUGCUCAGGCCCCUGUGGGCCAAGCAGGCACGCAUACCAUGUCAAAGGAAGAAAUGCCACGCACACGGUCAGAGAAUCUACUUUAAAUGGCGAAAUGAAUUUUGUGGGACAUUCAACAGAGAUUUUUGAAAAAACAGAGUUAUGUGACACUUCUGACAGAUAUUACUUUUGGGUUGGUGCUGAUCCCCCCAACCAUGUGGACAGAUAUCUAGCCACGCCUGAUGGUUCAUCCCAGGCAGUUCCUGCCAUCUCAGCUGGCGGCAGAGAGAUUGCAGUGCCAAGUAGCGACUGUGCUUUAUUACUCACAGAAGACACAUUAAAUAUGUCUGAACACCUCUCACAAGUGGGUUGGCAGAGUUUUCCAAAGGAAUUCCCCUCCCAUUUUUUGAAUGAAUUUUAUUACCCUGUGGGAAGGUUAGCAGGUCAGAUAUUUUCUGAAAAACUAGCAAAUAGUUGUGGAUAUCAGAUGGGCUAUCUCUGGACUAAUACUGUCACAAAAGAUGCUGUCGAAGAUGAGCAAAUCUUUAAUGAGGAUCUGCAUAGUAAGCCUUGGGACUUAGAAAUUGCUUCAUUGUUGCUGGAAAAGACACCUUAUCAGCUGCCAGUGUCAGAGGAUGCUGCUAUUUGGCCAUGGCAAAGUAGAGGGGGACAGUUAGUACCAACAACUAAGGUUUCAGCGCUAAAUCCUAAUGCAAAAGUAUGGGGGACUCACAUGUUACGUUUAGAAGCAAGUGAUGCUGCUGAUGGUGUGAGUGCCGCUUGGGAGGAGGCGCCCCGCCAUGCUGCAUCCUGCAGCCCGCAGGGAUCAGAUGCCAAUGGAGAUAGCGACAAAAGUCAUGAAAAUGCAGCAUUACCAGAUUUACAGGAGUCAGACCAGACAGACAUGAACACUUUGGACCUGGAUCCCUCCGAAUACGAAUCGCUGCCUGAAAAUAGCGAAACGGGAGGCAAUGUAUCUCAACCAGAAAGCCAGGAGGACCCCCGUGAAGUACUUAAGAAAACAUUGGAAUUCUGCUUAUCUCGGGAGAAUCUUGCUAGUGACAUGUAUCUUAUAUCACAGAUGGACAGUGAUCAGUAUGUGCCAAUUACGACAGUAGCAAACCUUGACCAUGUCAAGAAACUCAGUACUGAUGUUGGUUUGAUUGUGGAAGUGCUGCGAUCUUUACCUUUAGUCCAAGUGGAUGAAAAGGGAGAAAAAGUAAGGCCAAAUCAAAACCGUUGCAUAGUAAUACUGCGGGAGAUACCUGAGUCUACCCCUGUGGAAGAAGUAGAGGCACUAUUUACAGGAGACAAUUUACCAAGAUUCAUAAACUGUGAAUUUGCCUACAAUGACAACUGGUUUAUUACAUUUGAAACGGAAGCUGAUGCACAGCAGGCUUACAAAUACCUUCGAGAGGAAGUCAAAACUUUUCAAGGAAAGCCAAUUAAGGCUCGGAUAAAGGCAAAGGCAAUAGCUAUAAACACGUUUUUGCCAAAGAAUGGAUUUAGACCUCUGGAUGUGAACCUUUAUACACAGCAGCGUUACACGACAUCUUUUUAUUUACCUCCAGUAUACAGUCCUCAACAGCAGUUUCCUCUGUACAGCCUGAUCACCCCCCAGACGUGGUCAGCAACGCAUAGCUAUCUUGAUCCACCCUUGGUAACUCCAUUUCCAAAUACUGGAUUUAUAAAUGGGUUUACAUCUCCAGCCUUCAAACCUGCAGCAUCUCCUCUGACUUCACUCAGGCAGUAUCCACCGAGAAGCAGGAAUCCUAGUAAAUCUCAUCUGCGACAUGCAAUUCCUACUACAGAAAGAGGCCCUGGGCUAUUAGAAAGUCCUUCAAUAUUUAACUUCACUGCAGAUCGAUUAAUCAAUGGCGUUCGGAGCCCGCAAGCAAGGCAGACAGGUCAAACUAGAACACGAAUACAAAACUCUUCAUCUUAUGCCAAGAGGGAGACUGGAACUGGGCGCGUGGAGCCGGGUAGCCUUGAUUCCCCUCCUGGCUUAGGGAGAGGAAGGAAGAAUUCCUUUGGCUAUCGGAAGAAAAGGGAGGAGAAGUUCACAAGCAGCCAGACUCAGUCUCCAACGCCCCCAAAGCCUCCAUCACCAAGCUUCGAGCUGGGGCUGUCCAACUUCCCCCCACUACCUGGAGCUGCAGGCAAUUUGAAGACAGAGGACUUGUUUGAAAACAGGCUGUCUAGCUUGAUAAUAGGAUCAUCAAAAGAAAGGAGCCUCAGUGUGGAUGCAAGUACAAGCACUCUUCCCACGGUGGUUCCCAGAGAGCCUUCCGUGCCAGCGUCCUGUGCCGUGUCCACAGUGUUCGAGCGACCCCUCUCCCCAGCCCAUUUACCCGAGGAUCCCAAGGUGGUAGAAAAGCAGAGGGAGACCCACAGUGUGGACAGACUCUCUUCUGCCCUUACUACAACCGCGUGUAAAUCGGUGCAGGUGAACGGAGCCAUCCUGGAAAUGCGGAAGCCCAGCUAUGCGGAGAUUUGUCAGAGGACAAGCAAAGAGCCUCCUUCAUCCCCUCUGCAACCCCAAAAAGAGCAAAAGCCAAACACUGCUGGUUGUGGGAAGGAGGAGAGGAAGCCCACGGAGCCCAUGGAGAGGUGCAGGGAGGCCCCUGCCCUCAGGUCCACCCCUGGAGCCUCCAAAGACCAGAGGAGGCAGCCCGGGCGCCGGCCCUCACCCCCGGCAGUUGGGAAGCGUCUCAGCAGGGAACAGAACACCCCCCCCAAGUCUCCUCAGUGAAAACGUAUGUCUGGGAGGGGUCGCCAAGAGCUGUGCUCACCACAAACAAAUACUCUUCCCACUCGGUACGAGCAUGAGUCGCUGGUUAGGAGCUUGCAGUGUCUGUGAGGUCCGUGGGUGCCCGCAAGUUAUUUUUCUUCUGUGAGUCAGAUUCCCCCUCUUGAAAAAAGAAAUCUAUUUUUCAGGAUUUAAUUGAUAUAAACCUUAUUUUAGGUUGGUGCUUAACUGGAGGUGAUGCAUACGUCUGAUUUUUUUCAGGAUAGAAAAUGCAUUUAUCCUAACAAAUUGACUUUUGACUUUUUUAUUAACCCUUCCCUGUGGCUCUGAAUGCAAACUACAUAUAGUGAGUUUUUCUAAAUUAAGGGAACUAUGCUACUUCAUUUUUUAAAUAACUGUUCUGCAGGUGCAAAUCUCUAGAAUGUCCCAGCAGACGGAUGGGGGCUGCUGACACCAGCAGGGGCAGGCAUGGCCUCCCGAGGAAGGGCUGGCAGUGUCAGGGUGCUUUUAUCUAUACCGCUAACAGGUGAUUCUAGCAUUUAAACAUGUACACAGAGUCCUUUUGGGAUCUAGUGGGCUGAAUGAACCUGCAUAGAGCACCCUAGAGAAACCUAAAACCUUUGAGUUUGGAUGUACUGCAAGCAAGUAACCAGCUGCUCACUCCAGUUUCAAGUGGCUAUUAUGUAAAAUAAAUUCAAAGCACAUUGUGAAUAGAACCCAAAUGAAAAUAUAAACUUUGUUGCCCGCUGACAUGUUACCAGGAAGUUGUACCAUGAUGUUGUUUUGAUCCCUGUGAGGUGGCGGCCUGGCUCCUGCUGGUGCCUGCUUCGUGUGCACUUCUGUCCAUGUUCCCCAGGCACACGUUGGAGAGAGUCCACAGUGUAGCUAGCUCCAUGUGGAUGUCUUCCUGUACCUCUGCAUCGGCACAUGGACUUGGAAGUUCCGUAAUUGUGAGAAUGGUGUUUGUGGUUUUUCCCGUUUGGCUGGUGGAGGACAAAAAUUCCUGCUUUUUUUUUUUUUUUUUUAACCUCCAAGAUGAGGGUCUCAUUGAUUCACUUCUAGAAGUGCUGCACUUCUGAAGAACAAGGAUGCACUAAAGUGAGCAAGUUAAAUGUAAAUUAUUUUGUUUUAAAAUACCUAAAAUUUUUCUUUAAGUAUUCUAAGCAACAGACAUUAAAAUAUGAAUAUUUCCUGCUAAAUGUAACCAUACAGUUUAUUCCAAAAAUAUUAUUUAAGUAGACUGAGGUGUUUUUUUUAAAAAAAAUUAUUUCCAUCCAAUAUUUAAAGACUUGAAUUUUAUUUAAACUUGAAAAUGACUUUGCCUUAACUUUUGUAUAAGACAGCUUAGAGUUUGUGAGACCGGCCCCCUGGGCUGGCAUGAGUGGGUUAGAGCUACUCGGUACCAUGUGGGUCUCUCAUCACUAGUUGUGCUGAGUAAGCAUACCGUAGUGCGAGAACUAGCGGUAGUUUUGUAAUAUACCUUAAAGAUCUUAAACAGUUGAUCUUUUUUCAGAUUGUUGAAAAAUCCUGUAAAUGCAAAUAGUCGAUACUGUAUUAAAUAUGUGCACUUGGGAGUGUGCUUUGGUUGUACAGUUGUAAAUAAUCAGAACAUAUUAAAAGGUACCCUACAGAGAAAAAUCUGAUAAAAAUUAUUGAUAUAUUAUAAAUGUUGCUGUUGAGCUUGAUGUAGAUAAACUAAAUGUUGUGGUUUGAAUAUUAUUUUAAUUUGUUGAGAUUUUUUUUUCUUAAUACUGGUGUGUUGAACUGAUUCUGCUUUGCUGCAAAAGAGAAAUGGAAAGUCUUAUUAAAAGCCUUCAGAUGUUUUCAUACUCUUUUUUAGAAGUAUGUAAAUACAUACUAAUCAUAUCUAAUAUGAAAGGGUUUUGAAGUAUAAUAUAGAAAAAAAACUGGCAGGGUCUUCAAAUAACAAUGCACGAUAAUCUGCUAAUUGAAAUCACAUGUGGCUAAGCAUGAUCCACCUGCCAGAGGAAAGCAUGCCUGCCACCUUUGGCCAUUUCCUUCAGAAUAGCGGUCGUUACUCAGAGAUGUAGACCCCAGGACACAACACCAUGGAGCGAGGCCUUGGGUUUUCACUGGAGAAAUGCUUUCCCCAAAGGUGCGGGCAUUGCAGCGCGGCGUGUGUGUGGUUAGAGCCGGCUGUAGUGCUGGCUGGUGUGCUGCUGGAGCAUCGGUUCAGCAGCUGCACAUGGGAGAGCCGGCCAUGCCACCGUCUGGUCAGGGCCAUGCACUGGAGUUACUGCUUAGUCAAACAUGGCCUGCGAAUCAGGAGCUGAAACCUUGUUCAGAUGUGAUUUUUACAGCAUUCUUUUUAAUUAAGAAAAGGUGAUAUGCCAAAUAGCCAUGUAAUGUCAAAAAAACGCUUUCUGAUAUUACUUUGAGAUUUUCCACUCAGAAGAUGAUGGGCGUUUUCACACUAGGAAGCUGUGGCACACGUGCAGUCACUGUCACGUACGGCAAGUGAUGUGUGGCUUUCGUGCGUUGUUUGAAGUGUAACUCAUUCCUUUCCCCCAGCAGUAUCUCAAGUUACAGAGUCAGAGAUGCAGCACUCACAAGUGAUGUUUUAACUUGUCAAACUGUGUGAUGAUCUUAUCAUUUGGAAAUACAGGAAUAAGAAUCUGGCCCCGUUUCAGAGACAUGAAUUUCAAGGAGAGGAGUUGCCCUCUGAGUUGGUGUCACAACGUUUCCCAUCCGCCCUCUGGUCAUUGCCCCCCUGGCCGUCACUGGUGGGUGUUAGUCAGGAUUUCUGCAGUUCACAUUUAAAAACUUACGUUUCACCCCAGGUGACUCCAGGUGCAUACUUGUGGUGUUCACCCAUCAUUGAGCUGUGGGCCUGUGUGCUCCAUGGCCCAUCACAUGGCAAGCAGCAGACAAUCAAAGAUGUGGGAAGCACUCAUGCCACUCAGCCUCACAGUGGGAGUGUGACAUGGAAGCUCUGAGUGGGGUUUUUGUUUCUGUUCUACUUUUCAUUGAGACUGGAAUCACGCUCACAUGUAAACUAUUGGUAACUUAAGUUUCCUUUUGUGUCAUUCAGUGUACAACUGUCUAAUUUGAAAAAAAAAUGUAGGUUAUGCAAAAUAAAGAUUUAGGCACUGUUUAA